GCGACGUGUCUAGUAGGACCUUGCGGUUUAAUCUGAGCAGCACACUUGAUUUGGUCUACUGACUACGUAGGCUUGUAGGUCCUAGGAGUCAGCAAUAAUGCGUUCUAGCGCACUUAUUGUCCUUGGAUGCGGGCUACUUGCUUCCAGCGCGUCGCCCCCGGUCAGCGUGUCUUUGCGUUCCUCUUUCAGUGCUGCAGAUCCAUUACUUGAGGCGCUAGAAACCCUGGCCCUUACCUCUCCAGAGCACCUGUUUUCACUCCUCAAUCAUUUCCCCCUCCCACUGAAACCCGCAACGCCGGAAGAAUCGCACAACGCCAUCUUAGACCUCGCAAAAAAUUACCUUCUGCCUCCGGAGACAGCUGCUGUGAAUGUUGGGCUAGCUUUACAUGCCGCAAGUCCAAAGCUUGCUGCACAGCACAUACACGAAAGUGGAAGGGAAGGAUGCGAGGAUUGGAUAGAUUGGUAUGGAAGUGUUGCAUGCAAUGCAGAAGAAUUCAAGCGCCUGGUCGAGAUUUCAGCUGCAGCCUCGGAUUCCGAGUCCCAACCAAAAGUGAAGCGCCUCCAAACAGAUCAUAUUCUCCCUCUUCAGCCAUCACUCAACGCCCCCAGAUGGACAGCAAUACACUACGCUGAUCUUAUGUCACCUGAAUUCAAUUCACUACACGGCGCACUACUCUCUUUGAGUCUUGACGUGGAGUAUGUGUUACGCUGGGCUCGGCCUAUCAUUGCAUCAGAUGGCCCGUAUUUGUCCGGGUACGGCGUUGCACUGGACUUGAAGAAGAUGGAUUACCUCGCUGUGGAUGACCGGAAGCGAGCUUCCUCUACCUCUCGUGACGAUUCCUCUGGCGAUGAGGAUAAGGAAGGGAAUGAAAAGGACGUUCUGAGCUGUAUUUUCGAGGCCAUGUCAUACAUUGAUACUGAAACGGAGAAGAAUGCUGGCACAAAUAACCCCUUGAGCAAAGAAGAGAUUCAAGACCUUGGCCUCAAAGCAGCAUCUUUUCUCUCUCUCCUUUCUGAACCCGCUUCCUUCCCCCCAAUUAUCUCUUCAUGCUUAUUGGAAAAUUCGCUCGCCCCGCUGAGUGUGUUGCACACGCUGUCUACGAAUUUCCCUCACUAUGCUGCUCCACUUGCGCGCAAAGUCCGUGUGCCGGACACAGUACGAGACGAGGUGCAAGAUAACUGGGGGAAGGCGAUGAUGGGUGUGAACAUGGUAUGGGUCAAUGGGAGGGUGCUGGAGGGUGAAGCUGGGAUAUUUGGGCUCCUGCGUACCUUUGCGCGCGAACGCGCUCUUAUUCGCUCACUCGUCAAGCUUGGUCUGUCGAGGUCGCAGGCCAUAGAGUUUGUCGUGCACCCAGUGCAUUCGGGCCCGUUCGACUCACCUCCGUCGACACUGAAAGUCAAGAAAGGCACACCGUUGGGUUCAGAGAAGCGUUUUGUUCAAGAAGUUCUGCGCACGGAUACCGAGAGCAAUGCUGAAGCAGCGACUUUGAAUGAAGGACAGAGGACAUAUAAUAUUCCUCCGAAGUGGAACGACCUCCUAGAUGGCUUUGUUGACUCUUCAGAUAGGUUAGAGGGCGGCGGCGUCAUAUUAUCGUGGAAUGAUAUUGAGGAGGACACGAAAUACUCUGACUGGGGGACGGACUUGACGCAGCUCCUCCGUACGCAUCCCACUCAACUUUUCAGUCCUUAUUUGCGUUUGCGGGUCAACAUCAUUAAUGUCGUCCUCGCUCUUGACUUUUCGCAGCCUCGGUUCUUUUCCCUCAUUGCAAGUCAAGUGGAUGGCAUCGUUGCCCGCGGCUUCCCUGUUAGGUGGGGUUUUGUUCCAGUUUCUGCCGACGAUGGAGACGGCCUGAAGAUGGCCAGAAUUAUAUACUACGUCGCACAGAAAUUCAAUCGUCCAGAAGUGGCUUCGUUUUUCCGCUCUUUAUCCACUGCGCACACCCAGCAGCAAUUCCCUACUCUGUCUUGGAGUAUUGUCCAUGCAACUUUCAACGCUCUUGGGACAGCGGAUAACUUUGCAGACAUAGCUAGCGGGAAGGUCUCUAGCGUUGAAGAAGCUCUUGAGAGCGCAAGGCGGUGGAUGAGAAGGCUUGGUGUGAGCGGCAAGGAUGGGGAAGGGUUUAUCAAUGGAAAGUGGUAUGAAGUAGGGGAUAAUUUCUUACGAGACUUGCAGAAUGAGGCAGUUGGGCAGAUGCAGUUACUACAGGAAUUGGUCUACCUCAGAGAACUAACCGACGUUUCUGUGCCACUCAUAUCAACGUUCUUUUAUGACCUCCCCACGACACUCUCGAGGCGGAAUCCGUACAUUUUCAGCAAGGCAGCUUCUUCAGUGCAUGCUCCUUCGUCGAGUACUGGGAACCUUAAAAUGUUUGAUCUUGGCGAUUUGAGUAAGCGCACGGGAUGGGACCCGCUCACAUGCGCAUGGGUGACAUCGGAUGCCGAAAGGACGCCUGUGAGCAUGAUUGUCAUCGCUAAUUUGGAUUCGGCAGAGGGGCAAGCACUGGUUCGGGAGGCUGUGGCAUUCGUUUCUAGAAAGGAAUCGCAAUCACGCGUCACAUUCCUGCACAAUCCCGUUACCGGCUCAGCUGGCUGUAAUCUGUCAUCCUUCUUUGCGAUUGUUGGGUUAACAAGCGACCUUGGGGAGCUCUCUCCAGAUGUGUUGAAACGAGCGCUCGAUGAUUUGGAAACGCAAGAUGCUGUACAGGCCCCCAUUACCGAAAUGAUACGGCGCCAAUUUGAUUCGCCAGUGCACACAGCAUUUCUGACUACAAGUCGCCUUCUCGCGCGUGAGGCGGGCCUUCGGCCUGGAGAACAAGGCAUCAUUGUUAAUGGCCGACUCAUCGGUCCCAUUUCUUCUGCGUCAGAGUUCGUGUCUGAAGACUUUGCGACGUUGGAGACGUAUGAAAUGAAGAAACGAAUCAGACGUGUGGCACAAGCUAUUGAGGAUGUUCUUGCCGACGACACAGAGCUUGAUGCGGUUGCAUAUGCAAAUCUCGUAUCGGUGGCGUCAUCGAUUAUCUACGCAGAUCAACAGCCAGAUCCGAGUGAAGCUGGAUUGUUUGACAGCGCACCGAGACCUAGGACCAGCAACUAUAGACUCUUAUCGGGCAACUCCACAAAAUUCGAAUUCGGUGAUCGAGAGAAUCCACUGACACACCUUGUACUGCUCCUUGAUCCCCUGAGUGAAGGAGCACAAAAGUGGAUCACAAUCUUAGAGAAACACGAGGAGCUCUUCCCAGAGGUGUACUUUGAACUGUACCUCAAUCCAGCUCUACAUUCCGAAAUCCCGCUCAAGCGAUUUUAUCGGUACAGCGUUGAGCCUCACGUACAAUAUGACGGCAAAGGUAACGAGAUUCCGGCGCAAGUAACCUUCAAUGGCCUGUCCGUAGACCCGAUAUAUACCCUUGGCAUGGAUGUUCCCUCCUCGUGGCUCGUUCGCCCACGAGAGGCUCUCUACGACCUCGACAACGUUCAGCCAAGCACACUUCCACCUGACGGUCUCCAUGCUCUAUUCUCGCUCGACUACCUUGUCGUAGAAGGGCAUGCACGGGAGCCGAAGUCCAACAGCCCUCCUCGAGGCGUACAGCUCCAACUUACCACUUCAUCUCCAUCUACCAAUCAUACUCCGUCCGUAGUCGAUGACACUCAGGUUGUCGCGAAUCUUGGCUACCUGCAGUUCAAAGCUCGUCCAGGCACAUUUAAACUUGAUAUUCGCGAAGGAGGAGGCCGUGAGGUGUAUGAGAUGGCCAGCGUGGGGAGUGAGGGGUGGAAUAGUCCUUCUGUGGAAGAUUCUGGAGAGGAGUUCACCGUGAUGAGCUUUGAAGGGCUGACCCUUUACCCCAGGCUGUCGCGGAAGCCGGGCAUGGAGAAGGUGGAUGUGCUAGCGGGGUUACAGCAACGCUCAGGCCAUUCCCAAACCAUCAUAGGCGGUAUUUUGUCAAAGGUUUCGUCUCUUUUCACAUCGAAGAGCGAGAGCACGACUGAAGUCGCAGAGAUGGGAGCCGCACAAGCGGACAUCAACAUCUUCACAGUUGCCUCUGGGCUGCUCUAUGAGCGUUUCGCAUCCAUCAUGAUUCUAAGUGUCCUGCGCAACACCAACAGCACUGUGAAGUUCUGGUUCAUCGAAAAUUUCCUAUCGCCUUCUUUCUUGGAAUUCAUACCACACAUGGCCGAAGAAUAUGGCUUCCAGUAUGAGCUCGUGACUUAUAAAUGGCCUUCUUGGCUCCGCGCCCAGAAGGAAAAACAACGCAUCAUUUGGGCAUACAAAAUUCUUUUCCUUGAUGUUCUGUUUCCCAUGGACCUCAAUAAAGUCAUCUUCGUCGACGCGGACCAAAUCGUCCGUGCGGAUCUGCAAGAACUGGUCGACCUCGACUUGCAUGGUGCACCAUAUGGUUAUACACCCAUGGGCGAUGACAACUAUGAGAUGGAAGGUUUCCGGUUCUGGAAAACUGGUUAUUGGAAAGAGUUCUUGGGUGAUCUUCCAUAUCACAUCAGUGCCCUGUAUGUCGUAGAUCUCGUCCGUUUCCGCCAGAUGGCCGCGGGAGACAUACUCCGUGGACAAUAUCAGAUGCUUUCGGCUGAUCCAAACUCACUUGCUAACUUGGACCAAGAUCUGCCAAAUAAUAUACAAAGAGACGUGCCGAUAUUCUCUCUUCAUGAAGACUGGCUUUGGUGUGAAACAUGGUGCGGCGCAGAUCGCCUUCAUCGUGCCAAAACUAUCGACUUGUGCCAGAACCCCCUUACGAAAGAACCAAAAUUAUCUCGUGCGAGGCGGAUCCCUGAGUGGGAGGAAUACGACAAUGAGAUUGCACAAUUUGCGGGAAGACUGGCUACAGAAGGCAAGAUUCAUUCAAGUGUUGCUACCGCUCGUUCGGAUGUUCUUGCGAGUGUUGGGUUGGCUCAGCCAGCGAACAACAAUGACGUCGAGGGUGCUUCAGGGAGCGAGGACCUCCAGCAUCCGCAUGACGAAUUGUAGAUAUUUGGGUAGACAUCGAUCAUGGACAGUUUUGCCAAUGGACUUUACCGUGUUACUAAGUUAAGACCGUUGAUCAAUUAUGAC